AUGGAGAAUGUGCUGAAUUAUAUUGGUCUACUGACUUCUGGUUUAUCACUGUCAUUCAUUCUCCUGCUAUGCUUUUGUUGGAAUAAAAAGCAUAGUUUACUGCCAAAACGUAGCAAUUCAAACAGUAAUGUUAGCAUCAAGUCAUUUCAUCAGAAAAACACUCAUGGUGAUCAAAAACGUCUUAUCACUUGUCGACUGAAAUGUCCCUUUCGAAGUGGUCGUAAUCCGACUGUAGCUGAUUUAACACCUGCUGCUGCUGCUGCUCGUACUUCUGGUGACAUUACAUCCUCCAAUCAUGUUAUAAUUAAAAAUUCAAAUCUAUUCGACAAUAAUGAAGGCGAUUUGGCGUAUGCAACUACAAUCGGAUUAAGAGGUGGCUUGAAUAAUGCAGAUAUUAUAUCACCUGGUUACACUUUACUAAGGCAAGAAAGUAACUCCCAUAGAAAUUGUGAACUUCCCCCGGUGCCUACAUAUUCGGAUACAAAUUUUAUUGAAAAUAAACCGAUAAAGACAAUAAUAAAUCAUGAACAAGAGGAUACCCUAGAGGAUAUUAGUGAUCAGUUAACGUAUUAUUCAGUACCAGCUGUUAAAAGAUCAAUAGAAAAUGAUCAAAAUCUAUAUGAUAUCGCUAUUAUACCUAAGCUACACAACCACCACCACCACCAACAACAACAACAACGAAUUAAGCUGCAAACAAAUAGUUUUGAAUCGAAUAGUCGAUGUUAUUCAUCACUGUGUGAUGAUGCUGCUUCCGAUUCAGACGGGCUGUAUGCAAGUGUUAAUCAACCUCCGCCGUCUAUUCCACCACCACCACUACCUCUACCUCUUCCCCCUCCUCCUCCUCCUGCAACUGCACAAUCUACCACUUCAUCUGUCAUUGUUACUGCUGCGAAUUGUAGUAGCAGUAGCAGUACUUUACGAAGAGAUUUACAAAAUACCAAAGUCAAUAGUAAUGCUCAAAGAAGAUAUGAAAUUUGUCAAUCACCGUAUUACUCACAAUUAAAUGAUGAUUGUGAUGUGACCAAUGAGAAUAGUAAAAAUAAUAAAAACAAUAAUAAUAGUGUCAAUGAUAGCAGUGGUAAAGUUAACCCGUAUGGCGAGUUAAUCAUUACUACUACUAAUCCUAUUGCUAUUACUCCCAAUGCUAUGGCAACCAUGCUGACAACAACAACAGGAGCAGCAACAUCUGUGACUGCAACUACACUUCCUACAGAUAUUUCAAAUAUGCCAAGUUGUGGUGAUGGUUGUGCUGUUGGUGGUGCCGGUGUAAAUAACAAUUUUCCUUGUAAAUGUCAUUCAGGCAAACAACAAGCAACUUCUCAAAUGCCUGGAAAUCGUGGAGAUUGCUGUAUAUGCUCUUGUACAACUCCCUCUAGUCAUUUGUAUGCUCAGGUUUUACCACGCAAAAGAUCUGUUACUGAUCCUGAGACUAUGUCCAACUGUACUAUUUAUAGUUCAAAUUAUAUACGACCACCAAUUCCAGCCAGAUGUUAUGAUCAAGCAGAGAUAGAUUUAGUGAAUCAAAUUCGAACAUGCUCUCGCCAGUUGGAUACCAUAUGUCCAUCAACUGAAUGUAAAAUACUUACAGCACAUUCAAUACAUAAAGAGAAAACUCUUCUCGUCGGAUCCAAUAGUCCACGUAACGAUCGAUUACUAAUCAAUAAUCAUCAACAGUCUAGUGGCAGUGUUGGCUCUGCUUGUGGAAGUAACAGUAAUACUGGUGGUGGAUGCAGUCCCAAUGUACGUCAAUCAGAUCCUCCUCCUUUGUUAGAAUCGAAUUAUCGUCAUAUCAGCGUUCGAGAGUCAUUGGCUAAUUUACGCGCUAGAAAUGCCCUACCAGUUUUGUACAGUAUUAUAAAACAUGAUCAUGGAAGUAUUGAUAUUACUGAUUUGAAUCAAGAAUCUUCAGAAUAUGAACGUAUUUACCCUGAAUCAGCUGACCUGUUAAAUUGUACAAAUAGAAUGAAACUGACAACAUCAUCAUCAAAUGAUAAACAUAAUAGUGAAUUAAAUUCACGUGUCACUGUUAAACAUGUUGAACACUCGUAUGCAGAAUUGCCAGGUACAGAUUCACUGUGUGAGGGUACUUAUGCUCAAGUAUAUUCUACUGUACCAAUUGAUGAUUCAUCACUACUGAGAACAAGAGCAACAACAGCGAUUGGAUUAUGCAGUCAGUGUAGUCCAGUGGCGGCGGCAGCAGCGGCCGUAACAGCAGUAGACAUACAUCCCGGUGUGAAUAUCACUAAAAAUAAUAACACCCACAGUAGUUGUCAUUGUGAUAACAGUGCUGUUUUUGAUAUUACUGCAACUACUACUUCUACUAUUACUACCGCAACUUCUAGUGGUUGUAUUGAUACUAUGAGUAGUAAAUUGGAUGGAAAUAUUUACAAUGUCCCUGAAUUAUACCCUAAUUCAUUAGCAUCGAAUACAAAUAACAAUAAUAAUAAUAAUUUGAAUGAUAGAAUGUUAGCUGAGAUACAAGCCUUUCGUCAUAUGGAUAGUGAAUUGGAUUUAACUCAAUCUGCGAAAACAGUUGUAACUGGUAAUAGUGAAACAUCGCAUCUUCUGACGAAUGAACACCCUUCAGCUAGUGACGAUGUGGAAAAGAGGAGGACGAUGGAUAAUGUCUACUGUUCAUCAAAGCCGCAAUCACUGAAUCGUAUUAUCAUUCCUAAUGCAACACCAUCUUCAGUGAACAGCAUCAAUGAAAUGACUCCAUUAAUGGAACGUUCUACAGAAGACUUCUCCCUCCCAUCAACAAUGUCUCGAAAAUACUUAAAACAAGGUGCUUGUGAUGGUGGUUGUGGUGGUAAGACAACUGUAAAUCCCUGUACUUCAUCCUCUUCAUUAUCAUCGUCAUCAUCACUUCUGCUGUGUCGAUCAUCCGUCUUAUCACCAUCAUCUUCAUCACUGUGUAAAUCAAUCAAAUCGCCGUUAAUCUUUUCAAUGUCUGAUCUGCUCCAAUGUGAUCAUUCUGGCGUCGUCAUUACUACUAGCAGUAAUACCAAUCAGAGUUGUAGUGGUAGUAUGCCUACUGCCAGAUGUUCUCCAUUCCCCCCGAUGACUAUUGCUGUAGCUCCAUUCGCUCGUGCUGAACUAACCUGUAUAUCUGAUACCUCAGCCUACGAUGAAAUUGAUAAUUUAUCACCAGCAUCAACGUCUACACUGGUGUCGAACAAAUCACUGACACCUAGUCCUGUCAUCAUUAGUAGUAGUAAUACUAAAUAUCCGACUGUAAAUAGUAACAAGCUUGGUAAUGGUGCUGCAAAAAGUAUAAAGAAGAUUUUAAAAUGAAUGAAUGGAUUGCAUGUUGUGUUUUUGUGCGUGUUUCUCUGUUUCCACACACACACACACACCACCUCUUUGUGUCUUCUUUCCAACCACCUUUCUCUCAUGCUUGCACAACUGAUUCACAUAUAUGCGCAUACAGUGUUUUAUACUACUUAAAUGAUCUCAUUUCAGUACUAUAUAUAUAUGCACAUAUAUACUUAUUUUUUAACGAUUUUUUCUUUUAUUUUUUCAUGUCUCCACAUCUACAACCAAAUAACCACACCUUGUGUGUGUGUGGAUAUUUUUCCUAGUCAUUCCUUUGUAAUUCUGUCUGUCUGCAUUCACAACGUGAUGUCUUUGUAAAUUCCAGGCUUAUCUCAGUGUCAACAUUAAAAAAAGCUUUUUUAAAAUCACAAAACAAAAACAGAAAACGCCAGUAUUUCUGCUCCAACUAUCAUCCUGUAGAAUAUGAUUCCUGAGGUGGGUGGAGUUUAUCCGAUUCAAGCACUGGACUUUCGACAGCAGCGACAGCAACAACAACAAAUUCCCGACGGGUUCGAAUCUCACUAUGCCUAUCUCAUUCAGCCUGGGAAACUGAACAGUGGUGGUCGUAGUAGUAGUAGUAGCAGCAGCUAGGUGUGUACUACUGAAAAGAUUUUGUAGUACAUAUAUGUUUUCAAAUAAUAAAAAUUUAGCCUAUAUUGCCCUGAUAUUGAGUUGUAACAAAAGCAGAACGACUCGAAGGAGGAGAACCUAUGCGCGCUACUCUUCUAUUGUGGCUGCUUGUUGUAAUGCGUUUAUUUUUUUCACAAUAUGAGUGAAUAUCACAAAGGAACAGGCUGAUUGUUUUUGAUUUUCUAACAACUGUUCUAUUAUUCUAUUCUCUACACACCAGUAGUACUAUUUAUGUCUUCAGUUAAUGGCUCUUUUUUCUGUUUUUUGUCUUUUUUGGCUCCAAUUACACAUUCCACGCAGCCCCACC